CCGACGUACCGACGAAAUGUCUUAAAAGUCGAAUAUUGAUACUUUGCAAUGAACAACUAAUUAAUCAACCACAGUAAUGUGUUAUUACAUUUAAAUUGUGUGUUAAGAAUAUGGACGCAGUUUAUGUAGUUAAAAUUAUUAAUUAUCCAGAUUUUUCACCAAUAGGAUUCUUAUAUAAAAUUUAUAUAAAUUUUAGGUUUAUUCAAAAGGAAAUGAAUACCUCAUUUCAAGACAUCUUUUUCCGUUUCCGAAACAAUUCAUUGGAUAAUGAUACUUUGGACAUGAACCAAGAACAAGAUAGAUCUGAUAAGCAGGAAAAAUUCAGAAUUGCUCAAGUUGUUUUUCUCAUAAUUUCGUCUGUCGGAAUAUUUGGUAAUUCAGUAUCAAUUCUUGCCUUAAGGAAACUUCGAAGCCCAACCAUUGCAUUUAUUAUAACUUUAUGCGUUGCCGAUUUGCUUUUUUGUCUUUUCACCCUAAUAAAUUUAAGCAGACCCGAUUGGAACAGGAACCACGUUUUUUGCAUUUUGAUAACAUGGGCAAAAUACUGCGUUGGUGGAGAAUCAAUGUAUUUAAUGAUUGGAAUUACGAUUAAUCGAUAUAUCUGUGUAAUUUACCCAAACCAUUAUCGUUCGAUAUACAGAAAGAAAUUCUUAGCAUUUCAAUUAGCUUUAACGUGGAUGUUUUCUCUUAGCAUGUCAAUUUUACCAUUCUUUGGAGUUGUAGGAAAAUAUGGUUACGAUCCUAACAGCGGACUUUGUAUCCUUUUAAAACGAAAUGGAAUAACAGUUUCAGCUUUCCUUUCUAUAUCCUUCUUUGCACUUCCAAUCACGGUUCUCGCAGUUUGCUAUUCUAGAAUUUUUUGGAUUACUCAUAAGGCAUCUCAACAAGUAAGAAAGCAUUGCAAUUUAUUUGCUACUCCUGAAGAAUUAAAUGCCACAAAAACUUCAAUAGAGAGUCAAAGAGGUGAAUUUCCACAACGCGUUGACGAUACAGAAAUGAGAAUCCUGAAAGUGAUGCUAGCCAUCUUUGUUGCUUUCCUGAUUUGUUAUUCUCCAAUGGUGUUAACUCUUCUUUGGGACAGUGCCGAUAAAAUUCCUGCACUUACAUUUCUAUCCCAGUUGGGAAUCAACUUAUCAAAUGUGAUCAAUCCCAUAAUAUACGUUGCUAUGUGUGCAGAAUUCCGAAAAUCAUGUUUCGAACUUUUCACUUGCAAACAAGUCAGGCUGCCAUUGUCAACUUCUUCAAAUGCAGCAACUUCUUCAAAUAAAGCGACUUCAGAGAUGCAAAGUCUUUGAUAUUACGCAACAUUUUUUUAUAUUGUUAAACUUAUAUAAACAUUAUUUUUAUAAGUGUAACAAAUGUAAUAUUAGUGUCCAUUUAAUAAUUUUAGUAAUAUUAUAAAUGUAAUAGCAAUGCUCAAAAUAAAUAAUGUGACCCUUACAUUGAAAAAUGCUGGAAAGGGAUAGUGAAAAUAAAUAUAUUUAAACAAAUACAGUUGAUAAUAAUGAUUUUGAUA